GCAGACUUGCAGCCGGUCAAUGCAAAAUUACAAAAGUUUGGCACAUCAUCUUGUACAGCGACAUGGCGCAGAAAACUUCAACCUUUGAACUUUUAGAGUAGACUCCAAAUUGCAGUCUACGGACCAGCUCCCCCCAACAUGUUUUUAUUCCUCCAAUUUUCCUAUGAAAAACUCGUAGUCUCUCUCUCAUUAGUCUCUUCCCUGGCAAAACUUCCAUUCCAUGUCGUCUCCACUACGUGGUCUCCCGUCUUAACCAACAGAGCCACGAUUUUUUCUUCCUAAGAACGCAGAGGAAAGCAGAGCCACACCGGACCGAGAGGCGUGGCGAUGGCGCUCCACGGGCACGGCGGGAGGAGGGGGAGGCUCGCCGCCGCCGCGGUGUGGCUGGUCGUGGUGACCACGGCGAGCGUGGCGUCGGCGCGGUUCGUUGUGGAGAAGAACAGCAUCAAGGUGCUGUCGCCGCACUCGCUCCGGGGCCGCCACGAGGCCGCGAUCGCCAACUACGGCGUCCCGGACUACGGCGGCACGCUGACGGGCGUGGUGCUGUACCCGGCGGACACGAGCCUGGCCACCGGGUGCAAGCCGUUCGGCGCGACGGCGUUCAAGUCCCGCUCCGGCCGGCCGGUGGUGCUCCUGGUGGACCGCGGCGGCUGCUACUUCGCCCUCAAGACGUGGAACGCGCAGCAGGCCGGCGCGGCGGCGGUGCUGGUGGCGGACAGCGUGGACGAGCCGCUGCUGACCAUGGACACCCCGGAGGAGGAGACCCCCGACAUGGCCUUCCUUGCCAACAUCACCGCCCCCUCCGCCCUCGUCUCCAAGCCCUUCGGCGACGCCCUCCGCGCGGCGGCGUCCGACCCCAAGUCCGGCGAGGUGGUGGUCCGGCUGGACUGGCGCGAGUCGAUGCCGAACCCGGACGCGCGGGUGGAGUACGAGUUCUGGACCAACAGCAACGACGAGUGCGGGCCCCGGUGCGACGAGCAGGCGGCGUUCGUGGCGGCGUUCCGCGGCCACGCGCAGCUGCUGGAGAAGGCCGGCGACGCGCUCUUCACGCCGCACUACAUCACCUGGUUCUGCCCCGCCGAGUACCGGGGCACGCGGCAGUGCGCGUCGCAGUGCAUCAACCGCGGCCGGUACUGCGCGCCGGACCCGGAGGGGGACCUCGGCGCCGGCUACCGGGGCCGCGACGUGGUGCUGGAGAACCUCCGGCAGCUGUGCGUGCACCGGGUGGCCAGCGCCCGGAACGCGUCGUGGGCGUGGUGGGACUUCGUGGCCGACUACCGCGUCCGGUGCUCCAUGCGGGAGAAGAAGUACUCCCGCGGGUGCGCCGAGGAGGUGGUGGCGUCGCUCGGCCUGCCGUCGGAGCUGGUCGAGCAGUGCAUGGGCGACCCCGACGCCGACGCCGACAACGACGUGCUCAGGACGGAGCAGGUCGUGCAGGUCGGGCAGGGCAACCGCGGCGACGUCACCAUCCUGCCCACGCUCGUCAUCAACAACGUGCAGUACCGGGGGAAGCUGGAGAGCACGGCCGUCCUCAAGGCCAUCUGCGCCGGUUUCAAGGAGACCACGGAGCCCCGCGUGUGCAUGACACAAGAUAUGGAGACGGACGAGUGCCUGCACAACAACGGCGGCUGCUGGCGCGACGACAAGACCAACAUCACCGCCUGCAAGGACACGUACAGGGGGAGGGUGUGCGAGUGCCCGGCGGUGGACGGCGUGCAGUACGAGGGGGACGGGUACAAGGAGUGCAAGCCGGUCGGCCCCGGCCGGUGCGCCGCCAACAACGGCGGGUGCUGGAAGGAGACGAGGCACGGCAAGACCUUCUCCGCCUGCAGGGGCUCCGAGUCGCUCAGCGGCUGCGAGUGCCCGCCGGGCUUCAAGGGCGACGGCCUCACCUGCCAAGACGUGGACGAGUGCAGCGACAAGGUGGCGUGCACCUGCCCGGCCUGCUCCUGCAGGAACACCUGGGGCGGCUACCACUGCGGCUGCGGCGGCGGCGGCGGCAACCAGGUGUACGUCAUGGCCGAGGACACCUGCGUGGGGAAGAGCGCGGCGGCCACGGGGUGGCUGGUGACGGCGCUGGUGCUCUCGUGCCUCGUCGGCGCCGGGCUCGCCGGCUUCGCCUUCUACAAGUACAGGCUCAGGCGGUACAUGGACUCGGAAGUGGCGGCGAUCAUGUCGCAGUACAUGCCUCUGGAGGGCCAGAGCAGCACCGGCGGCGAGAACCGGCCGCUCAGGGAGGAGGCCGUCGAGGCAGCAUAGAUGGC